ACAUGAACGAAGUCACAAUGUGUUUUUGGGUAAAGACCAAACAAGUGACGGGAAAUGCACAUUACAUUUCCUACGCAGUCCAAGGAGCAACAAACCAGAUAUACGUCAUGACGCAGACAAAUCUAAGACUAUGCAUUCGGCACCACAACUCAGAUCCCAGUAAUUCACAUUCUUUAAGAUCUCACAAUAUCAAGAUUAACGAUGGACGCUGGCACCACAUUUGUAUAACUUGGCAAGCAAAGGGUGGUCGAUAUUUAUUCUUCAAGGAUGGAAGAAAAGUUGGCAGUGGCACAAUCUCUGACAGUGUUGGAAAGCUAAUUCCAGGCAAAGGCACAUGGGUGCUUGGUCAAGACCAGGACAGUGUUGGAGGUGGGUUUAAUGCUAAUCAAUCAGCCACUGGAGAAUUGACCGGAGUCAAUAUUUGGGAUAAAGUUUUGUCUUCUUUCGAGAUUGUGAAAAUGUCCAGAAAUUGCAAGGCGGGUGGACCUGCUGGUAAUGUAAAAACCUGGGGUGAUUUUCUACCUGGAAUCAAAGGAAAUGCCAAGAUUGGAAAAGCAACUUGCUGUCAGUGAUACUCUAAUGCUUAAUUGCAAUUCCGUAUAAUCGUUCUUAGUGUUAGUGUUUUUAUGUCAUAUAUAUAAUCCGUGUAACUAAGCAUGCAGCUGGAAUUGAUCUAAUCUGUAUUGUUCGUUAAUUAUUAUGUAGCCGUAU